UUCGUUCGUUGACUCGCGCAGUCGCAGUCGCAGCCGCAGCCGCAAGUCGAAAAAUAAAAUUAAAUUCAAAAACGUGGCCGGUUGUCGCGCAUGCGCAAGCCAAAUAAAAGAAGAAGAUCCCCAAUUCAUCAGUUGUCUGCCGUUUGCCGUCCACCCAACAAAUUACAAAACCAGGAUCUGAAGUAAUGUGAAGAUGACCCCGCAGCUGGCCGAAAUAUGAUCGAGGCCUUUGCGAAUCACCUGAGCAGCCACCUGGGACGCCACCUAUUCUACUGGGCCAUCGAAUCGAGCAGCGCUACUUCGGGAAACUACGGCCUCAACCUGCGGCUCUCCGAGCUGAUCAACAAGUUCCACGGCCCCCUCGAGCGGGGAGUUCAGGUGCUGGACCACCUGCUGACCCUCGAGGAGGAAGACUUCGCCGGCCACUGGGGCAGCGCCUACGCGCACAACUAUGAGCCGGAGUACGCCGCUCGAGUGCCGGAGAACGAGGAGCUGCCACCCCCAGAACACAUGGAAACCCUCAACAAUGGCAACGGGCUGCUCCACUCGCCGCCCCACAAUCACCAGCAGCAGCAGCAACAACAGCGAGCCGGAGGAGGAGCAUCGCCAGCUGGAGGAGGAGGAGGAGGAGGAGGUGCCUCUGCAGGAGCGGAUCACAACAUCCAGAUAACGCAGCCCAUCAGUGCCCCAUCCUCGCCGCUGGCCUCGCCGGGCGCCCUGAACAGCAACAGCAGCGGGAGUGGAGGCAGCGGGAGCAGUGGCGGAGGAAUCUCCGGCAGUCCCACGGCCUUCUGUCUGCCCUCCAGUUCUGCGGCAGCGGCUGCGGUGGCUGCCAUCUCCGCCACGCCCACCAGCGGCAGUGGAUCGUAUGUCUGCUCCGCCGGCACCAACUGGCAUUUCGCGGCCGUAGCUGCCUCCAAUGCCAUCGAUACGGCGGACCCCAACUGGCAGGCCAGCAAGGCGACGGUUCUCGAGAGGAAUGCGGCCAUGUUCAACAACGAACUGAUGUCCGAUGUCAAGUUCAUUGUGGGUGGGGAGUUCGACAUCGAUCCCAUUCAGACCAUUCCCGCCCACAAAUACAUCCUCGCCACGGGCAGCUCCGUGUUCUAUGCCAUGUUUUAUGGCGGACUGGCGGAGAACAAGCAGGAAAUCAAAGUGCCUGACGUGGAACCCACUGCCUUCCUAACGUUGCUGAGGUACCUCUAUUGUGAUGAAAUCAAACUGGAACCUGAACACAUCCUGGCCACGUUGUACGCAGCCAAGAAGUACAUCGUCCCGCAUUUGGCCAGGGCCUGCGUCAACUAUCUGGAGGUGAAGUUGACGGCAAAAAACGCCUGCCUACUUCUCAGUCAAUCGCGUCUGUUCGAGGAGCCCGAGCUGAUGCAACGUUGCUGGGAAGUGAUCGACGCACAGGCCGAGAUGGCGGUUAAGUCCGAGGACUUUGUGGACAUUGACCUCAAGACAUUUGAGUCGAUCCUCUCGCGGGAGACGCUCAAUUGCAAGGAGAUCCACCUGUUCGAGGCGGCUCUUAACUGGGCCCUUAACGCCUGCGAGAAGAUGAGCAUCGAUGAUACGCCGCAAAACAAGCGCAGGCUUCUGGGACAGGCGCUGCAUCUCAUCCGCAUUCCCACCAUGUCGCUGGAAGAGUUCGCCAACGGCGUGGCCCAGACGGGCAUUCUCUCCUCGCAGGAGACGAUCGAUAUGUUCCUGCACUUCACCGCCAAGAUAAAGCCUUCGCUGGGCUUUCCCACGCGAUCCAGGGCGGGAUUGAAGACACAGGUGUGCCACCGCUUCCAGUCGUGCGCAUACCGCUCGAAUCAGUGGCGCUACCGCGGACGCUGUGACUCCAUUCAGUUUUCAGUGGAUCGAAGAAUCUUCAUUGUGGGCUUUGGACUGUACGGCUCGUCGACUGGCGCCGCCAACUACAACGUAAAGAUCGAACUGAAGCGCCUGGGUCGCACGCUCGCCGAGAACGAUACCAAGUUCUUCUCGGACGGAUCGAGCAACACUUUCCACGUGUUCUUCGAGAACCCCAUCCAGAUCGAGCCCGAGUGCUACUACACCGCCUCUGUGAUCCUCGACGGCAACGAACUGAGCUUCUUUGGUCAGGAGGGCAUGUCGGAGGUGCUCAUGGGCAACGUGACAUUCCAGUUCCAGUGCUCGUCGGAGAGCACCAACGGCACGGGGGUGCAGGGUGGUCAGAUCCCGGAGCUGAUCUUCUACGGCCCCACCACGGUGACUGCCAUGAGUUCGCCCACAAACUCGGUGUGUCCCACACCCAUUGGUGGUGGUGGUGGUGGGUCAGUAACCGGAGGAGGUGCAACAGCCACAGCAUCCGGAACUGUUAUCUUAGGGGGCAGCAGUGGAUCGGGCAACAACGCCAACGGCUCUGGAGAAGAUCUGGCCGGCGAUGGAAGCACCUGAUGCGCACAGCUCUACUGUGCCGAAUGGCAGGGAGCGUGUUACUACCGCCAACAGCAGCAGCAGCAGCAACAGAGGAGACCAACACAACAAUACAAAACACAGCAACCGCAACAGCUACAGAUACAAAAUCGAAACUCAUGGGUUUUCAGUGCAACACAACAAAGCAAAUUGGAGUUUUAGGCGCAUAUAUACAUAUAUAUCACGAUAGUAGAGUGCUCUAGUUUUCGUAAUAGUCCUAUACAUAGUCAUAUAUACACGUAAAAACAUAGACACAUAUAUAUACACCACGGCAGUGCGUUUUAAAGCUCUAAGACAGUUGUCAGAACGAGAUCAUCUCAACAGGAAAGUCAUCCGAAGCAAGUCAUUCGAUAUAAGGAGUUUUCGAUAGUCGAAAAAGAGAUCCUUCCCAAUUAUGUUAAGCAAGUUAACUUUGACGGUUUUGCAGUUUUAAAACGCACUGUACAUAGUUGUUGGUAAUGCAUAUAAAGAUAUUUUCAAAAUCGAAACAAGUUGAACAUAUACACCCAUAACAAAUAGAUAAAGAUUAGUAGUUGACUCGAAAACUUAAAACGUUCCACGAUUUAAGAUGGUGGGAUGGGGUAAAGAAGCGCGAAAUAAAGACGUAUAUAUAAAUGCAAUAAGUGAAAGUCGGGCAAUCAGUCAAGCUAGCGUUAACCAAUAUUCUAAAGCAGAUUUGAAGAUAGAGUGGAAAAAACUAAUACGAUAAAUACCAAACAUAUUUUUGCCAGCAUAUACCUUAUAUAUACACACAUCUGAUCUAAUACUAAUAUAUAUACGCAUAUAGAUAACUAUAGACCUAUACACUUAAAGGGAUAAUAAGCCAUGUUAUUGCAUACGACGAAUUUGAAAGCAAAGUUAACCAGUUUACAAGAUAUAAAGCAAAGAAGAAAUCAAGAGAUCUGGUACCAGUAUGCGCACAAAAACUUCACUAUUAAAAUAUUCGAAUAUUAAUCUAGUAGAAUGCAUUAUCUAUAUUUCGUAGUUGUUCCAUUAUCUCUCAUAUAUUGUAUACACAUAUGCCUUUCAAUUGAUAUAAGCCCCGUAUUUUUCUCCUAUGCAUUAUUAAAGGCUGCUUUGCGCAACAAUCAGUUUGACGUUCGACUUUUGAAUUUCUUUGGAAAUUGUACUGAUUUUUUGCUUUUGAUAAGAAGACCAUUACCGUUUUUUUAUAUCCAUAUAUAUCUACGUAAAUGAAAAUGUUAUCCUAUAUUGAUUAUAAAUCUAUUACCAUUAUGUACUUUAAUCAUACGAAAUACAUGAUUAGAAUUUUGCGAAUUUAA